UAUAGAGAGAGGAGAGGGAGGCACUUUACAGAGUAGAUAAAAUAGAGAAAAAAGGUGAAAGCUUGAUGAGUUCUUCUACCCACCACCCGUUUGGCUCGCCGGAGGAGGGAUGAUCUUCGCCGGUACCCUAGACAGAGAAAUGAGUUUGGCCGGAGGAGGGAUGAUCUGAUUCUCUUUUUUUUUUUAAAUCAAGAAUUGAUCUUCUGAAGCUUCUAUUCUCUGUUACAUAAAAGUCAGGAUUUCGUCUUCAUUCAUCGAUAAGACAGUUCUACAUAGAGAGAUUAACAUCUGGGUUUUCGCCAAAUUGUAAUGGGUUGCGCGAGUUCGAAACAGCACAAGGUAUGUCAGAAUUGCCGGGGACCGUUCUCUCCGGCGUCAAGGAGUUAUUCGAUGCACGUCCAUCACCCGCCGGAGUGGAGAGGCGAUAGCUACCAUGUGGUUUCUCUUACUGAAUCAACUCUCGGGUCUAUGGAACUCGAUUCCCUCAUGGAUCAAGCUGAAACUGCGGUCGAUGAUGACGGCGAUGAGAAGAAUCUGAAUGGGUUUAAGGAUUUCUCAAUGGUGGUGAUGGAGGCAAAAGCUUGGUCUGAGAUGCUUGAGAAGAAGAUACCGAAAUCGCUUCCCAGGACUCCGAUCCGUACUCCUCCCGGAGAGCCGGAAUCGAUUGAUGCUUGGGAAUUAAUGGAAGGUCUUGAAGAUAUUAGUCCUCUCCGACCGACACAUCAUUAUCGAAGUUUCUCUUUUAAUGUUGGAGCAGAUACAAAAUUACCUCAUCCCGAAUCAUCGAAACCACUCUGGCUCGAAAUGGGUGAAAGUGAAUCUUACUCAAAUUCAGAUUCGAAUUCAAAUUCGACAUCUUUAAACUCUGUUAUCUCUGAAAUAGACCCGGAAAUGAUAUCUACGUUAAGGAAAACACUUGAAGAUCUUCCAUCAGCAAACCCAUUUCACCUGAAUUCACUAAACGACACAUUUGAAGAUGUGGAAAAGAAUUGCAGAAAAGAUAGGAUAGUCCUUUACUUCACAAGCCUGAGAGGUGUUAGAAAAACGUACGAGGAUUGCUGCCAUGUGAGAUCACUUUUGAAAGGUUUAGGAAUCCGAGUUGAUGAAAGAGAUGUAUCAAUGCAUUCCACAUUCAAGGAUGAGUUAAAGGAGUUAUCAGUUAAUGAAGGGUUGAAAGGAAUGACACUGCCAAGAGUUUUUAUGGGUAACAAGUACAUUGGAGAUGCAGAGGAUAUUCGGCGAAUGCACGAGGAAGGAGAGCUCGAGAAGGCGGUUGGGAGCUGCGAGCUGAUGGAGGAAGGUGGUUGUGAAACAUGCGGGGAUGUUCGGUUUGUGCCAUGUGAGAGGUGUUCUGGAAGCUGUAAAAUAUAUUAUGAGAAUGAUGAUGAUGAUGGUGAUUAUGAAGAAGAUCAAGAUGAAGAUGAUGAUGAAGAUAAUGGAUUUCAGAGAUGUCCUGAUUGUAAUGAGAAUGGUUUAAUAAGGUGCCCAAUUUGCUGCUAUUGAUUUCAUGUUCAAUGAAUUAGAGGUAAGUAAUAAUGUGGUUUGAGAUUUCAAUUUCCCCCUUUUUUUUUGGAUGAUUCUCUAUUCAUUUUAAUUUGCUGUUGUAUAGAAAAAGCAAAUUUUUGGAAAUAUUUGAAACUUAUAUGUGAGAUGAAAGAAAAGAUCAAAAAAACCCAUUGAUCUAUUUGUGUGUGUGAUGUUUGAUUCAGAAUUUGAUUAAAGAGAUAUUUUUGUCUGUU